AGAUAAGUCAACUGUGCGUGGUUGUGGUUGUUGAACAUUUUGAACUCUUGAGUAAAUGGCAGUUUCAACGUUAAAUAUGUCGCCGUAUUUCACCGGAUACCCCUUUCAAGGUCAAGGAAGAGUAAACCAACUAGGCGGCGUCUUUAUUAAUGGCAGGCCAUUACCGAAUCAUAUUCGUCUGAAAAUCGUAGAAAUGGCAGCAGCCGGAAUACGACCUUGCGUCAUUUCGAGGCAACUUCGCGUUUCUCACGGAUGCGUGUCGAAAAUUCUUAAUCGCUACCAAGAAACUGGUAGCAUCCGACCGGGCGUAAUCGGAGGCUCAAAACCACGAGUCGCUACGCAAGAAGUGGAAAGCAGGAUAGAGCAAUGGAAGAAGGAACAACCGGGAAUUUUUAGUUGGGAAAUUCGAGACAGGCUUAUAAAAGAGGGAACCUGUGAUAAAAAUUCUGCUCCAUCAGUGAGUUCAAUUAGUAGACUGAUAAGAGGUGGAAGAAAAGAUGACUCUGAGAGAAAAAACCAUUCUAUUGACGGAAUAUUAGGUCCAAACUCUUCCUGCGAUGAAAGUGACACCGAAUCUGAACCCGGAAUUCCGUUAAAGCGUAAACAAAGGCGAUCAAGAACCACUUUUACCGGCGAACAAUUAGAAGCUUUGGAACGAGCUUUUGCCCGUACUCAGUACCCAGACGUAUAUACCAGAGAAGAAUUAGCGCAAAAAACGAAAUUAACCGAAGCAAGAGUUCAAGUUUGGUUCUCAAACCGAAGAGCUAGACUAAGAAAACAAUUAAAUUCUCAACAACUUAACGCUUUUAAUGCUAUCUCACUGCAGUCUGCCUUCCCUGGAGUUCAACAACAUUACCCGGAAAGCGGCUUUAACCAGAGCAGUUGGGCACCGCAAUCUUACAGUUCAGCUGCUAUAGGCACAACCACUUUGGCUAGUUCCUUGCCAACUGGUACUGUCAGCGGCUCUACUAGCACCACAACUGCUCCAACUUCUCAGAACACUUUGUACAACUCGUACAGCAACGGGACCAGUUUAGAUCAAAGUGGAGUGUUAAAUUGUAGUAAUCAAUUUGGGUACAAUAUGGCACAAGUGUCUCCAAAUCAACACAGUAUAUCGCCGCAACAGAGCGCUGUAUGGGCGCGGCAUUCACAGAACAACAAGGUCGCUGAAAAUAUUUCACCAUCGUGGCAUGAAAAUUACAGUUUAUUGGCAAACGGAACCCAUUAUGCAGGAACUCAUUCUCCGAGUGAGGCAAAGUCAGGAUAUCCUUAUUUUGGUGCCAUGGAAAUGUGUACAAGUCGAGUACACUAGAAUUAUAACAUAUCGUGUUAAGUACGUUUUGUUAAUGUGAAUACUAAUGUAUCCUAUGUAAAUUUGUACGUAUAUUUUUAGUAAUGAUUCUUGAGUUACUAUUGUACCAGUCUAUUUUGUUAUUCACUUAAAUAUAGAAUCAUCUAAAUUGACAAAUUUGAUUUCAUAAGCUAAAUUGACAUUUUGAUUAUUAUAAUUUAUUUGUUCUUAAGGAACUAGAUAGGAGCAUAUUGCUGGCUAAAAAAUAGUCUUUAAAAGGUAUUAAAAAAUCUUGUUUAUUAUCCAGAUUAACCAGGGAAAGGUAUUAUUUUAUAAACAUAUACCUUUUAUAUAGAAGAUUUAAAAUAAGGUACCUACUUAAUGAAAUUUUAAACUAAUAUUCUUUUGUUUGAGAUUGUGAAUAACUCAGUAGCUG